AUGGAUUUCUCCGAGCUUCCCAAGAUCGGGGAUGCGGAAAAGGAGAGUGAAUUGGGGUUUGUCCAUGGCGUCUCUGGGCCUGUGGUGAUUGCCUGCAAGAUGGCGGGUGCAGCGAUGUAUGAGCUGGUCCGUGUUGGCCAUUUUGAGUUGGUAGGCGAGAUAAUCCGGCUGGAUGGAGAUCAGGCCACCAUCCAGGUGUACGAGGAGACCUCGGGAGUCUGUGUAGGGGACCCCGUGUUGCGAACGGGGAAGCCGCUCUCCGUGGUUCUUGGGCCUGGGAUCAUGGGCUCCAUCUUUGACGGGAUCCAGCGCCCCCUGAAGGACAUCACCGAGAUUACCAAGAGCAUCUACAUUCCCCGGGGCAUCAACAUCUCCGCUUUAUCCCGAGACCUGAAGUGGGACUUUAAGCCGAGUUCCAACAUCCGGGUUGGGAGCCAUUUAACCGGAGGGGACAUUUAUGGGGCGGUUCAUGAAAAUUCCCUCAUCAAGCAUCUGAUCAUGGUGCCCCCCCGAAGCCGUGGCACCGUCACCCACGUGGCCCCAGCUGGGAGCUACGACAUUUCGGAUGUAGUUUUGGAGCUUGACUUUGAAGGAGUCAAGGAGAAACUGACCAUGAUGCAAGUUUGGCCCGUCCGGCAGAUCCGUCCAGUGUCCGAGAAGCUUCCGGCCAAUCAUCCACUGCUUACCGGCCAGAGGGUCCUAGACGCGCUCUUUCCGUGUGUCCAAGGUGGCACCACAGCCAUCCCAGGUGCCUUUGGAUGCGGGAAGACGGUCAUCUCCCAGUCUCUGUCCAAGUACUCCAACAGCGAUGUCAUCAUCUACGUGGGUUGCGGAGAGCGUGGAAACGAGAUGUCGGAGGUGCUCAGGGACUUUCCCGAGCUCACCAUGGAAGUAGAUGGGAAGACGGAAACCAUCAUGAAAAGGACCUCGCUGGUGGCCAAUACCUCCAACAUGCCCGUGGCUGCUCGGGAAGCCUCAAUUUACACAGGAAUCACCCUCUCGGAAUAUUUCCGGGACAUGGGAUACCAUGUUAGCAUGAUGGCCGAUUCUACCUCCCGCUGGGCGGAAGCCCUUCGUGAGAUUUCUGGCCGUUUGGCUGAAAUGCCUGCAGACAGUGGGUACCCAGCCUACCUGAGCGCCCGCUUGGCAUCCUUCUAUGAACGGGCCGGCCGUGUCAAGUGCCUGGGAAGUCCUGAGCGAGAGGGAAGCGUCAGCAUUGUUGGAGCGGUGUCCCCUCCUGGUGGGGAUUUCUCGGAUCCCGUCACCUCUGCAACUCUGGGGAUUGUCCAGCUACCCAAACACGACACACCCUCUGACGUGAAUGGAAUGCCGGCAGCCCCGGCAAAGUUCUGCCCUUUCUACAAGACGGUGGGCAUGCUGCAGAACAUGGUCACUUUUUACGAGCUGGCCCGCCACGCCGUGGAGUCCACAGCCCAAUCGGAGCACAAGAUCACCUGGGCCAUCAUACGGGAGAACCUGGGCGACAUCAUGUACAAGCUCAGCUCCAUGAAGUUCCAGGACCCAGCAAAGGAUGGCGAGGCCAAGAUAAAAGCCUGCUACGCUCAGCUGAAUGAGGAGAUGCAGAACGCCUUCCGUAACCUGGAGGACUGA